AUGGAGGGAAAAGACUGGGAAGCUUCCUUUUCGAGCGAAGACGAAGCUGAUUAUGCAGUCGAUGAUGACGAAGAAUUUCAUCUUACUGGUUCAGGACCCAAGUUACAAUUCAGAGUCGGAUCUUCCAAGGCUCGUUGGGUUACCGAAUUAGGAAUGGCUCAAGUUGAGGUUAAAAGAGGGAAACUUUGGACAACAACUGGAAUCGUCCGUAGCGGAAAGACUUAUUGCUUCAUAGAAGAGGCUCUGUAUUUGAGUGAAAUAGGAGAGUUGCAGAUCAUGGGUAGUGAAGAUGAUGACGUAGUGAUCCCAUUGAAGGACUUGUAUGAGAAAGUUGCAGAGGAAAAAAGCGGCUGCUGUUGGGAAAACUACGAGGUUUAUAGAUACUUAAAGGGUCUAGGUUACAUCCUAAGCAGGCAUGGAGUUCCUUGGACGUCAAAGGAUGCUGCCGCCAUUUCGACACCAAGUGGUGAACAAGAGUCGGUUUGUGCCGGUGAAUGUACUGAAGCCAAGGACGAUGUUACUAAACUCUUGGGAGAUAUGCAGCUAUGUGAUGCAAGAGCUGUGUUUGACGUGUAUUUGCCAAACAGCAGGUUCAAGAAGUCUUGUCCUGGUGAACCGAGCUUUGUGGCUUGCUUCUCGGGGGACUCUCCACCAAGCAAAGAAGAUGUUAAAGCUCUGCAAAGCCGCGUAACUGCACCGUUAAUGUUCUGUCACAUCGCUCAGGGACGUGUCAGUUUCUUUUCCUUCAGUUCCAUAGACCUCCUUGUCUUACCAUAA